AUGGAGGUGGAUGAGAUCGCCCAUUCAGGCGACUUUUUACAGAUUUUGGAACCGGAUCCUAGUAUACUCUGGCAUUACUGCUCCAUACCACCAGAGAUAUAUAUUUCAGACGACGGGGACUCGGAAGAUGUUGAGGUUGAAUUUGACUCGGAAGUGUCAGGCCAUUGGCAAUUCAUGAACUUGAAUGCCAGUAGUCUUCUCGACCCUAGCCAGCACCCACUGUCACAGGAGAAUGACGGCUCUACAGAUGAUCUUUCAGCUUCGUACCAGCUACUCGACAAAUCUCUUCGGAGAUUGGUUCUAGCAGGCCCAUCGAGAGCCCAUCAAACAGACUCCACCCAAUCAGAAUCUCUGGAAAAGAUGUCGGGUUUGGCGCCGGCCAUAUUCAACCCACUUUACCGUCAGGCCAUGGAUCAGCGAGCAGUUUCCAUACCAAUAAUAUCAAAAGCGAUAACCUCGAUGGUGGAGGGCAGUCAUAAUGCAGAAUUGAAGCGCAUGGCGAGGAUCCUUCUACAGAGCGUCGAUAAUUCGGUUUCAAAUGACACAGCGAGCUUGCCCGGUCAAAGAAGAUUGAACCACGCCAUUCAAUCAUCCCUGUGGUGCAUUGCACAAACAAAGCUUCGGGGAAUCAAAAACACCAUGAAGGCGACUUCUUUCUUUGAUGGUUCUGAAUCGACGUCGCCGAAUGCAACUGUCGACGGGGGAUUCAAUAUGCUUCUUGAACACGACACUUAUUCCAAUGACGAAUUACUUGAUUCUACUAUUUAUAAAUACCUCAGUCAAUCAACGUAUUACUCAGAAGAAGCCGCCAUUCGGCCCUAUGACUGGAUGGAGGAAGAUUAUGAUGAGAUAAACGACGCAGCGAGCUACUUCGAAUAUAUUUCCGACUCGGAUCCGACGAUGGUGGAUAGUCUCUUCUCGCCUUACGAAAAUUCACAGCCCCCAUAUAGUUCUUCUGCCAGUGGUAUGUUACUUUCCGACGAAGACGAUGAUGCUGCCAAGGAUGGAUUCGAUUUGCUUUUUUGA